CCCAAUGAGAACUAUAUCCAACCAUAGAAUUUUUUAUAAAAAAUAUGGCAACAUUUAUAAUAAUUGAGCAAUGGCCAUGCUGUGUAAUAAAUAAGCAUAUCAUUUAUAGUUUCUUCUAGCUAUUUCUUUUUGUUAUAUGUUACCUAUAUACUAUAUAAUAAUCUCAUAUGAUUUAUAUAUAUAUAGAGAGAGAGGGAGGGACGAGAUCUAAACAGAGAUUAGGAUAGAAUAUAAAUAUACAUUCCAAUAACAAUAAUAAUAAUAUGGUGAUAAUUGGUGUGGUAGUAUUAUUUGGUGUAAUUAUUAUUAUUCAUCAUUGGUGGCGUAAUAAAAAUGCAAUACUCACUAAUUGGCCAAUAUUGGGGAUGUUGCCGACCCUGGUAUACAAUUUGCCAAGGCUACAUGAGUUUAUAACUGAGGUAAUGACCAAAAGUGGGGGAACAUUUGAGUUCAAAGGCCCAUUGUUUAGUGGCAUGGAUUUCAUUCUAACAUGUCAUCCUUUGAAUCUUCAACACAUCUACACUACUAAAUUCUCCAAUUAUCCCAAAGGGGAAGAAUUUAGAGAGGUGCUUGAUCCUCUUGGAGAUGGAAUUAUUAAUGUUGAUUCUGAUUUAUGGAGGCUUCAAAGGAAAAUGUUUCAACUUUGGACACGAACACAUCAUAACUUUGAUUCAUUUGUUGCAACCACUCUCCAUAAGAAACUACUAAAUGACUUGAUUCCAUUUCUUGAUCAGGCUGCUGAAACCAGAAUUCAGGUUGAUCUACAAGAAACAUUACAACGGUUAAUCACAUUCGACAAUGCUAUUCUAUUCAUUUUUGGGUUAGAUUUGACUUCUUAUUCAUUUAAAUCCUCGAAACUUGAAUAUCAAAAGGCAUUUAAUGAGAUGCAACAGAUAGUUUUUCACCGACAUAUUUUACCAAAAAGUUAUUGGAAAUUACAAAGAUGGUUACAAAUCGGAAAUGAGAGAAACCUAAAAUUAGCCAGAGAAAAAUUCGAUGAAUUCAUAUACCAAUGCAUCUCACUAAAACGAGAACAAAUGAGCCACACAAUUAAUAAUAGUGAUGAAGAAGCUAAUUUAGGUAUGUUAACAAUUUAUAUGAAAGAAAAAGAGAAGCCAUAUUCAGAUGAGUUUCUUAGAGAUGUUGCAUUUAGUUUCUUGGCAGCUGCUAGGGACACAUUGAAUGUUGGGUUGUGUUGGUUCUUUUGGUUAUUGGCUACUCACCCUAAUAUAGAGACCAAAAUUCUUGAAGAAAUGAAAGAUAAAUUGGGAACUAAUUAUAACAAUUUAGAUUAUUUUUACACAAGUACUGAGGAGUUGAGUAAGUUGGUGUAUUUACAAGCAACAAUAUAUGAAACAUUUCGACUAUAUCCAUCAAUACCUUUUAACCAUAGAACUCCAACUAAAGAAGAUGUUUUUCCAAGUGGUGAUCGAGUGAAGGCGAAGCAAAUGGUGUUGACUUGUGCUUACACAACGGGGAGAAUGGAAGAGGUUUGGGGAAAAGAUUGUUUAGAGUUUAAGCCAGAGAGAUGGAUUUCGGAGCAAGGUGAGUUUGUGUUUGUGCCAUCUCAUAAGUUUCCAGCCUUUCAUGUUGGACCAAGGACUUGUUUAGGUAAAGACAUGGCUUUGGUUCAAAUGAAAGUCAUGGCCCUCACUAUGCUUAAAAAUUACCAAUUUCAUGUUGUGGAAGGACAUCUAGUAUGCCCUGUUGUGGGCAUUGUCAUCAACAUGAAAUAUGGACUCAAGAUUAUGAUUUCCAAAAGAUCAUGAUCAUGCAUGAAAAAUGAUAUUUUCUUAGAGAAUUACUUGAAUUAUUUGUUGACUUUUGAUGUAAUAUAUAUUUUUAAGGAAUAUAAUGUUUGUUUGGUUGAUUAAAUAAAGUAGCACAAGUCUUAUAAA